AUGGCUCCUAAAAGAAGACCCGUUCCACUGAACAUUACGCCCAUUGGGGAGGGACAGGCCACCUCCAACACCAUCGAUGCUGCAUCUGAAGCCAACCUUGAGGCCUUACAGAAGAAACUGGGUGAGCUGGACCUCGACGAACAACAGAGGAAACGCCUGGAGGCCUUCCUCACCCAGAAGGCUCAGGUUGGUGAGCUGAAGGAUGAAGAUUUUGACCCAAUAUGCGAGUUGGGGGCUGGAAACGGAGGAGUGGUCAACAAGGUCCAACACAAACCUUCUCGUUUGGUCAUGGCUCGAAAGUUAAUUCACCUGGAAAUCAAGCCCGCCAUCAGAAACCAGAUCAUCCGAGAGCUGCAGGUGCUGCAUGAGUGCAACUCUCCCUACAUCGUGGGCUUCUACGGAGCUUUUUACAGUGAUGGAGAGAUCAGCAUCUGCAUGGAGCACAUGGAUGGUGGAUCAUUGGACCAGGUUCUUAAGGAAGCCAGAAGAAUCCCUGAAGAAAUCCUGGGAAAAGUUAGCAUAGCUGUGUUAAGGGGAUUAGCUUAUCUGCGAGAGAAGCAUCAGAUCAUGCACAGAGACGUGAAGCCCUCCAACAUCCUGGUCAAUUCCCGCGGGGAGAUCAAGCUGUGUGACUUUGGUGUGAGCGGCCAGCUCAUAGAUUCCAUGGCCAACUCCUUUGUUGGAACGCGCUCCUACAUGUCGCCGGAGAGACUGCAGGGCACCCACUACUCGGUUCAGUCUGACGUGUGGAGUAUGGGCCUGUCCCUGGUGGAGCUGGCGAUCGGCCGCUACCCUAUACCCCCACCAGACGCCAGGGAACUGGAAGCCAUCUUUGGACGCUCCAUCAUGGACGGGGCAGAGGGAGAGCCUCGCUCCAACAUGGCUAGACCGAGACCACCGGGCAGGCCUGUGAGCGGACAUGGGAUGGACAGUAGACCUGCCAUGGCUAUCUUUGAGCUUUUGGACUACAUUGUGAAUGAGCCACCGCCUAAGCUACCACAGGGUGUCUUCAGCAGUGACUUCCAGGACUUUGUGACAAAAUGCUUGAUUAAAAACCCAGCCGAGAGGGCAGACCUGAAGAUGUUGAUGAAUCACACGUUUAUCAAGCGAUCGGAAGUGGAGGAAGUGGACUUUGCCGGAUGGUUGUGCAAAACCAUGAACCUCCACCAGCCCAGUACUCCCACUCGCACCACCGAGUGAUCAAGCAACCUCCACACAAAAGAAAAAAAAAAACCUUGUCUGUCCCUGAUCUGACACAUUUCUGGGGUCUCUCUGCAUUCAUGUACACAAUCCACCACACAUGCUGGCACUUUUCUUCUUUUUGGCCAUCUCGCUCUUGGCUAAAACAUUUGUAGCUUCCCUUUGUUUAUUUCGUCAACAGCAGCAGAGCCUGUUGAGUCAUUAUUGUACUGUAAGACCACAGCUUCACCAUGGCGGUGUCGAGAUCAGCCUCAGUUCACGUUUUCACACCGCUGCAGAGGAUGUAAAGCACUGAAGGGCUGCCGUAGUGUCAUCAGAUUUCCCAGUAACAAACUUCUUUUGUAUUGUUGAAUAUUCUGUAUUAAUCUUUUCUAUGGUGGCUUGUGGGGCUGUAUUUUAUUAACCUGCUGUAAAAGAAGGAAACGUGUCGUACUGAAAGUUUAAAGGAAAUAUAACCUGCAAUCAUCUUGCAGACUUUAUAUUUGCUAAUUGAUGGGGAAAUGCCUCAAUUAGGGUUGCACCCCCACAUUUAGUUACUAGUGGUUAUUUUCUUUCAGAUCUUGCAAUCACCCCCAGUUUAAUAAUCAAUGAGAGAGCAAAACGGGCACCCAUGGGAGUCAUUUUCACUUUUUGGCAUGCAAGCAAUCUUUUAAAGGAUCAUUUUGUGAACACUUUCCCAAACCAAAGAGGGUACUCAUGACUACUUCUUUUGCUUCAGUGGCUGGUUGUCUUUAAAUUCUUGAGCAGUAAAUCAGUGUAAUUGGGUAAUCUCAUUUCCUUUCAAUAAUUUACACUCCAACAGUGUGGAGUUUUUGGUUGUUUUUUUUUUUUUCUCCAUUCAUAUUUCUUUUACACCUCUUGUACGUCUCACAAGGAAAGCUCCGGAAGCUUGGUAUUUGCCAGGAUGUCUAUGUAGACAUUACGAAAAUUAGGACAAAGGUGUUUUCAUGAGUUGAUAUAGCAUGGUUUAUCUUUCUAAUGACUGUGUGUGUGUGUGCUUAAGAUCAUGACAGGGAUGAGCUGACGUCUUUAAUCAAGCCUCAGUUUCUGCUAUGAUGGUGCAAGUUUUCAAUCGCAAUGAAUGAUCUUUUUGUUUUCUUUUUUCGUCUUUAUUGAAUACCUUCUACCCAAAGUGUGUUUGGUUAAUUUUCAACUGUACUGCUACAUGUGACGCUCCAAGUUUCAACUUGGGACAAGACCUAUUUAAAG